AUGGCGACUCGCCCAGCUUCGUCCAGCAUUGCCAUGGCACUUGCUGGCAAGACUGCCUCUGUUGAGAUCCCCAAACCGCGUGGUAGUUGCCUCUCUUAUGGCAGGGACAGCUUGGCUGCUGUUCCAACUCGUCACCAUGGUCAACCUACCAUGUUACCUACGCCUCCCAACUCCCUCUCCCCUAACAUAAAUCCCCAUGGUUUCAAACGUCACCACUCGAACCUGCCGGCCUCGCCACCCUAUGUCCCUUUGCAUGUCGAUUCUGAUAUCGACCUGCAGGAUGCAGUCGACCAUGCCAAAGGCCAGGACCAGCAUCACCAUCCCCCCUUGGUGGCAGAGAAUCUGAGCUCCCUCGCUGGGUCGGAUGCGAUCUCUCCUGGAAUGUUGGCCAAACACCACCUCCCCGAUAUCCUUCUGACGCAUGGCCCUUUGGCUAUACGACAUAUUAUCGGUUACCUGACUACGUCAGUACCAGGUUUCUCCAGGAUCCCUCCAGCUAAAGCACGUAGACUUGUUGUAGGAGCCCUGGAAAGCCGGGGAAAUGGUGAAGGUGCUGGAGUCGAUGGAGGCGUUGAGUUUGAAAAGGUUGGAUGGGGCAGGUGGGAUGCACGACGUCAUAACCAACCACCCAGACUUACCAAAGAUGGGCCAACAUCUCCUCCAGGCAGUGUGCCAUCCUCCCACAGGAUCCAAAUCCCCGCUGGUCGAGGGCUCCGCGACGUUUCUGGCCAGUACGGAUCCUCGAUGGCAGGAGAUUCUGUUGUUUUCUCUCACUCCGACUUCGACUGCAAAGACCAUGAAGAUAUCACCAUGUUGGAGCACGAAGCCGACAAAAUGUCACUCGACGGAGAUGAUCGAGCGUCAUACUGUUCCUCGUCCGAAACCCCUGAGGAUGAAAUACCUAUGGACGGCGAUUGGGACGAGGCAGACGUCACGGACGAAGAGGACUGGGCGCAGAUUGGAGCUGCCGCCCUCAGGGCCAGGUCUUACCCUAGUGUCCCUGGGGGUGGUACUGACAUCAACAACACCAAUGCUUACUAUGAUUAUACCACCUAUGCGGCUGACUCCAAAGGCAGGGUUCGGGGCCAUGGUGGUGGACCCUCCUAUUCGGCUCUCACAAAAUCUGUGCCUGGUGGCAUUCCCAUUCAACCAGUCGAUAUCGAAGAACGAGCAGCAGUUGAAGCGCUCUUGCAACUCGGUUCUAUGUAA